AGUCGCGACAUCUUAAAAUAGUUAGGCGAGGAACGAGAUCUUCAGAUUGCCUCUCACUGGCAAUCGAUCAUAAAUCAUAUUUUGCCGACACAUUUCCCCGUCCAGUCGGCGCCCGUGUUAAAAGCUAUAUGCCUGCUUCCUGUCAGGGCUUGAUUGCGUUCGUGAUACAGCAUUACCUCACGACUCCUCUAUGUCCCACAAUGCACCGCGAGCAAGCGAUCCCGCUGUCUGUGGUGCUGAAGCUGCGCGUGCCUGGAGCUGGUGAACCACACAGUCGGAACAUCCUUGCGCGCAAAGGUCUGAGCGACGAAAUAGUCUUCUAAAUAGGAAUCAAAGCCAAGUGUUUAUUAGCCAAUUAUUGGUUUUACAUAGUGUAAAGUUUUUCUAGAGACAAACAUUAAUCACACAUGUUGCUGUUUUCUUUUUAAUCGAAUAAGCUCCUGCUAGAUUUAUUUUUAGAUAACCAUCGCCUUGUUCUUUAUUGUCGCUGCCUGAUUGCCGUCUCCGCGCUUUCCUCUUCCGCCUCGCAUACUUUAUGCACAGCACGCUACUCGUGACUUCCCCGAGAAAACAGACCUUCGCGUCGGAACAGCAUGGCUCUCUCCAUCCGCGCCAACUGAGAGAGAUGGAAGCCAAGCAACACUCAAUAAAGAGCCUUAAGAGCUAUCCUGAGGCCGGGGGCCGGAGCCUGGCUGCGGCUGCGGGGGGAGACGUUGGCGGCGGAGGAGGCAGUGGUAGUGGAGGUUACCGUACCGGCUCGGCCGAGAUGGAGAUGGAGACGAAGAUCCAAAAAGCUAUCGAAUUCAAGGUUGAGGGUCAUAGAUGCUACAAAGAAAAGAAAUUUCGCGAAGCUAUCGGGAAAUACCACCGGGCUUUGCUUCACUUAAAGGGGGUGCAUGUCAUCGACGGAACCACGGGCUCCGAAGUCAACCUGCUGAACCAAGCCACCGCCAAGUUGACUGAGGAGCAGCGGAGAGCCGUGGAGAUAACCGAGAUUGAGUGUUACGACAGCUUGACAGCCUGCUUGCUGCAGUCGGAGCUGGUGAACUACGAGCGUGUGAAGGAGUACUGUCUGAAGGUGCUGGGUCACCAGAGGGAUCACUUCAAGGCCAUGUACCGUGCUGGCAUCGCCUUCUACCACCUGGGAGACUACGAAUGUGCCCUGCGCUACCUACGUGACGCCAAGAACCGAGAACCCACAGACACCAACGUGUUGAGGUACAUCCAGCUGACGGAGAUGAAGAUGAUCAAGAGCAGCCAGCGGGACAGAGAGAGAGAGGAGGCUCUGGGUUAACCUCUGACCUCGACACCUGCUCGUCUCCAUUCCUGUGACCUGCGAUUCUACACCCUCCAUUCUACUUUUCCUCCUUCUCCUUUUCUCUGACAGAUCGCUAGAUGAGGAAGGCUCAAACUCUACAGGCCAACCAGGAUGAAAACGGAGCAUUUUGCGCUCAAUAACUUCCUUCCCUCCUUCCCUUUCCUGGGUUCCUCCUCUCUUCCCCUUCGUUUCUCCCCCUUCCCCCUGGACAUGGGGCUUCCCUCCCCAAACUGUCAACAAAACAACAACAAGCAGCGUGAAACGUUGAACGGAAAAGGAGUUUCAGAAAGAUAAACAACAUAUUAAACUGAGGAGACAUUAGGCUUGAUUUAGUAAACGUCUGAAAAAAUGUCAAAAACAUGUUCAGUUUUUAUUCUCUUUGUUUCAUGAUUUGAGGACCAAAGGAAGGUUGUGGGAGGGUGGAGGGCUAGGGUGGGGGUAGUGGGCUAGGGAGCAGGUGGAAGUGUGUGGGAUGGUGGUGGUUAGGUUCUGGGUGGAGGAGGAGGGGAGUUGUGUGAGGUUGUGUACUACAUAUCAGAUGCCCAGAUGGAUGGUGGCCCGUGAGGCCAAACCUGUCCCCCUACAGUGUCCUCAGAACCCAGCGACCCUGAGGAGACCUGCUCUCAUCACCGCGCUACAAGCUAGCAUGCUAUAAAAAGGCCAGCUACAAUGCUAGCCACGGGAUAGAUAGAGACUAGGUUAGACAUAGACUCACUAAGAGCUAGGUACAUGUGUAGCUGAGCUAACACGCAAUCGCUACAUCUUUUGGCUGUUUACUGAAGGAUAUAGUUUGAGGGAGCUUGCCUCUCUCUCCAUGUUCCUGCCCUCUUCCUUUCUUCUGAACUACCUGGUCUCAGUUUAUGGACUGUUUUUCAAUUCAAGGGCUAAUUCAAGUGUUUGUGAUCCUUCCUUUAUAUUUGACCAGGAUUUUUGAUUUUGCUGUUGAUAUUCAUUGUACUUACUUACAUGUUGGUUGUUUAAAAAGCAGAGAGCAUAACCUCUGUCUUUUGUGAGGGGCAAAUGAACUAGCAGACUGUCCAGCUGUGUAACAGGUAUGUGUUGUUGUAAAUCUGUGUGUUGAAGUUGUCGUCCAACCCCCCCACUGGAGAGUGCUGCGUUACUAACUGUUUACCCCCCCCCCCCCCUCCUCCGCCCCAACAGCACUAAAGCUAAUGAUGUCACAAUGGAGAAUAAUAGUCAGUAGCAAGUUCCAUCAAGCACAGCUGGCUGCAGGUCUACUGGACUGUUCUAGAAUUCUCCUUAGAUAGGGAGUUCUUCAGAGCUCUGCAUCAAAGAUCUCUGUCUGGGAAGCCCUUUAAUGCUGACGCUGACAGACUCGGAGCAGAAGACAGAUCACACACACCUGUCCUGCCUUUCUGCCAUCCCAGCCCUGUCAGUGCACUUAUACAUAUUCCAACACAUUUGAUAUAAAUAGGUGUCAGUGUAAUCUUUAUUCAUUUGACAAAUUAUCCCAAAAACCGAGUUCCCAUCGCUUGGAGUACCUAAACAGCGAUUGAUGACCUGAUGGCUGAAUUACAGCUUGGUCUGACAGUUGUUUAUUAACAGUUUAUCAGUACAGUUUGUUAAAAACCAACUCCAGAAAUGCUGACAGGAAGUUGGCCUCCCAGUCCUUUGCUAAGGAGGUGUGACAGACAUGUAAUAGCAUUACCUUAAUCUCCUACUCCAGAACCAUGGGGCCCAAUCCCCCCCUCCCCCCAACUCCCACCCCUGUGUGCAAGACAAGCCCCUGCAUGGCAACCUGCAGCUCCACAGGAAGCCAUCUUGGAUCCAGAUUGGGAACGGAUGGUGUGUGUGUCUGGUUUGUUGCUGCUUCCUAUCAUGGCAUGCUAGCCCCCUUAGCCAUUUACCCCAGUUAAACACUCUGCUAGCAGACUCCUACAAACACAGGAGGGACCCCCAGGAGAGUCACAGCAGCACAGUGGCCUAGAUUAAACCCUCGAUCUGGAGGGUGGAUAACUCGCUUGCACUGGACCCUGAGAGGAGGAGGAAUUAGGGUCAGCGUGCAGCAGUUUUCGGUCUCAGCAGAGUCAGGCUGAGAUAGGAGAGAGGGGAUUGGGACCCAGGAUUGGGGACUGGGCUGGCCUGCUCUGGGGCUCUCUAAUAACAAGAUCUGAAGCUGUGGAUGAGCAGUCAAGAUCAAAGAGAGGCCUUGGACAUUCAGAACUCUUUCUGGUCUCUCAGUGAAGAGAGAGACUGGCCUGAAUAUCUAACAGCCUGGGGAGAGAGAUAAACCUGAAUUUCUUUCAGACUGAGGAGAGAGAUAAACUUGGAUUUCUUUCAGACUGAGGAGAGAGAUUGACCAAGAGCAACAACAGUGAACAGGUUAAACCAACAACAGGGAGAGACAGACGCAGAGAGAAAGACAGGGAUAAAUAGAUGAACAGAACUGUGAUGGAGAGCAGAGCAAAGCACCUGUAGGGACCUGUUAUGUGGUCUCCAUGGUUACCUGGUCUCAGUCCCCUCCCCCAGGCUCCCCUCCUGGUAAAGGUCGGGUGCCAUGAUCAUCCUCUACAUGGCACCAGGCGGCCAUCUUGUUCCUGUCCGAUCAUGCUGACUCAUUCCUGCCCCGUGUGUAUGGCUGUCUAGAAUUGCUUCCUGCUCAUUAACUACAGGUCUGGGUUCAGUUCAUCCAGACCUCAGCCCAUAGACAAUCAGCUGUCAGAUCGACUGUGACUGACCCAGGACCAGUUGUUAUGGGAACAUAAUGUAACACCAUGCUGUCUGUUCUUUGCUAAUAGAGGUAGAGACAACAGGCCUUCUGUGUCACAUGCUCAGCGAACAACAAAACAACAAAAGCACAAAAAAAGGUGAUUGGAAAGUAAAUGGCUAUGUGCUUGUUGCUUAAUUUUCUUCUUUCCUUUGACGUCUUUUAAGGUUACAUGUUUGUCAAAACAUAGUUCUGUGGUUAUGAGACAAUUGUAAAAAAGUUAAAAACAAACAACAAAAAACAGCAACAAAGUGGAAAAGUACUGGUUGUGAACAGCUUUACUUUAUUGAGUUAUUUUAUGUAUGAUGAGUACCAGAGAGAGAAGGAGUCAUGUGAUAUUGUCUCCACAGCGACUGGUUGUGUCCUUGUGUCUGUGUCUGUCUGUGUGGGAGGUCCAGCCCCCCCCUCUCCCCCCUCUCCAAGACUAAGUCUGUAGUCUGAAUCAACCUUUGACCUGUCCUUUAUAAAAAGACAGUUUACUUCCUGUUGCUGUUGUUGAGAAAAGUGAGCGGGGAUCAUGUACCAGGAGAACCACAGGACCCAAAGGAACUACAAGAACAGGAACUGCAGUCCAUGCUUCUUUUCAUUGGUCUCUCACUCCUACCAUAGAGAAAGACAGACUAAAGACCCCAGAGUGGUGAUGACUCUAUUAAGCCCUUACAUCUCUGUCUGUCUCUCCUCCUCUCUCACUCUCUUUCUUCUUCUUUGUUUCUCUCUAUCUUUCUCCCUCUCUCCCUCUAUUUCUGUCUUUUUAUAUAUCUCUCUCCAGUAAGGAAGAUCUGCUUUCGAUAUCUCACCGUCCAGACAUGGCUGGGUUAUGCUAAGUAGUAAUGGUUGAAUGCUAGCCCGGGAAUGCACUACAGAUUGAUAAAUGAAGACUAUAAUUAAAGUUUAAA